AUGGCGGCACCUGACGUGGCUCCUCAGUUCGGAGCGGAGUUAAAGGACUCCUUCAAACCAGUCAAUGCUUGGGUAUCGAAUGGCAUAUCCUGGCUGGACGAAAUCCAACAAUUCUACCGUGAGCGGAGCGCUAUCGAAAAGGAAUAUGCGACAAAGCUAUCCGCCCUUUGCAAAAAAUAUCAUGACCGGAAAGCAAAGAGGAUCGGCUCCUUAAGUGUCGGCGACACCCCAACCAUGACCCCUGGAUCCCUCGAAAGUGCCUCCCUCACAACCUGGGCCACCCAAUUGAACACCGUAGAGGCCCACGCGGCGGAGCGCGACAAGUUUGGGACAGAGCUUGUCACGCAGGUCGCAGAGCCGUUGAAGGUGGCUGCAACACAGUACGAAGAUAUUCGGAAAUGUCAUGCGGAUUUUCAUGCUAAGCUGGAGAAGGAGCGCGAUGCGGCUUACGGAGACUUGAAGAAGGCGAAGGGCAAAUAUGACGGUGCCUGUCAAGAGGUCGAGUCUCGUCGAAAGAAGAUCGACUCGUCCUUCGACCAUGGCAAAACCAAGGCACAAAGCGCCUUUCAACAACAGGUGUUAGAAAUGAACAACUACAAGAACCUAUACCUCAUAAGCAUCAACGUCACCAACAAACUGAAAGAGAAGUUCUUCCAUGAGUAUGUCCCGGAGGUUUUAGAUGGAUUACAAAAUCUCAAUGAGACUCGGGUGAAGCGCCUCAACUCACUGUGGAUUCUUGCAGCGCAAUUAGAGAAGAACUCCCUGACCAACAGCAUGGACAACAUAUCCAAUCUCCUCGAGGAAAUUCCGCGAAAUAAUCCGCAAAUGGAUUCAAUGAUGUUCUUGCAGCAUAAUGCGAUACAGUCUGCUGAGCCUGCAAACUUGGAGUUCGAACCAAGCCCUAUCUGGCACGAUGAUGGGUCUAUAAUCGUUGAUGAACCUGCCAAGGUCUUCUUGCGCAACGUGCUUAGCAAGAGUAAAUCUCAAGUACGUGAGUACCGGGUCGAAUCUGACCAAAAGAGACGUGAAGUAGAGACCUUUAAAAAGUCUCGGGAAGAUAUCCAGCGAGGCGCAGACAAUCGUAGCGAGGUCGACGUUGUGCGCGCUAUUUUCAAUCUGCAGGAGGGUCUGCAUGAUGUAGAUCGCAAAUGGCUAACGGCUGAGGUGGAGACAUCUACAAUCAUCGCCGCAGCUGGGGAUCUAUCCGUUGGAGCUCAAAAUCAUAAUUUCCGACCACAAACAUUCAAGAUCCCAACGAACUGUGAUUACUGUGGCGAUCGCAUCUGGGGAUUAUCUGCCAAGGGAUUCGACUGUCAAGACUGCGGUUUCACCUGCCAUAGCAAAUGUCAGAUGAAGGUCCCAGCAGAAUGUCCAGGCGAACAGUCCAAAGAAGACAAGAAGAAGCUCAAAGCCGCCAGACAAGAGCAAGCUGGAGCUGUCCCUGCUAUUGAUCUGGACUCGUCAGCUGCUUCGGCUCGUGCACCAUCAUUGACUCGGCAAAAUACCAUGAAUUCUCUCAGCUCUGGGUAUGCCGCCAGCGCGGCCAGGUCGGUAUCCAACGUCGCUACGCAGCCCACCACCGAAGAUCCAGCAGGCGAGCCUCCAGCUCCAGUCGCAGCGACCAAGCCAGCUGCAGCCAGGCGAACUCCUAGGAUCCUUGCUCCACCACCCGCGGCUUAUAGUCGAGCUCCCAAUGAUCCAGCUCCGUCUAAGCCUCGAGGCAAAAUGAUCUACGCAUUUGAUGCAUCUGGCGCAGAUGAAAUUAGUGUCCAAGAAGGAGAAGAUGUGACAAUCACCGAUCCAGAUGAUGGCUCUGGAUGGAUCCGUGUUCGCGCCGGGUCCAAAGAGGGACUUGUCCCCGCAGCUUACGUCGAAGCAGCACCAACCCCGUCACCAGUUCCGUCUGCCAGCCCGGGCUUGGCCGAUCGGCCCGAGUCUACAUAUUCGAAUUCAUCAGCGUCGCUAGCAGGCAGUGUUACGCCUAAGCGCGUUGGACCGGCUGUAGCGCCCCGUCGUGGAGCCAAGAAGCUGCAAUACGUCGAGGCGUUGUACGAGUAUGAGGCACGGAGUGACAUGGAGUGGAGUAUGGCCGAGGGGGAUAGAUUCGUUCUGGUUACUCGAGACGGCGGUGAUGGAUGGGCAGAUGUGGAGCGCGGUGGAGUUACGAAGAGUGUACCCGCAAACUAUAUCCAAGAGGUAUAG